CUCCCCGCCUCCCCCUCCUCCCCGCCUCCCCCUCCUCCCUCCAUCUCCUCUCUCUCCUCUCGACAGGCGGCAGGAUGGACGUCGUAAACCAGCUGGUGGCCCAGGGUCAGUUCAGGGUGCUGAAGGUUCCUCUGGGCUUCAUUAAGGUCUUAGAAUGGUUCUUCGCCAUCUUUGCCUUCUCUACCUGUGGCAGUUACUCAGGGAUGUUUCGGAUGUCAGUGGAGUGUAAGAACCGGACAGACAGUGACCUGAGUAUAGAGGUGGAGUUUGAGUAUCCAUUCAGACUCCACCAGGUGUAUUUCGACGCCCCCGUCUGUAAUGCUGGGGAAACAGAGCGUUUAUUUCUGGUUGGCGACUACUCUUCCUCGGCCGAAUUCUUUGUCACCAUCGGAGUCUUUGCCUUCCUCUACUCCACAGCGGCUCUCAGCAUCUAUGUCUUCUUCUUCGAGAAGUACAAGGAGAACAACAAGGGCCCGCUGAUCGACCUGGGAGUGACUGGAGUGUUCGCCUUCAUGUGGCUAGUGAGUUCGGCGGCCUGGGCCAAAGGUCUGUCUGACGUUAAGAGUGCAACCGACCCAGACAGGGUGAUCACUCUGAUUAAGGCCUGCAAGGGUGAGGGGAACCGCUGUCGUGAAGUCCACGACCCGGUCAUGUCUGGACUCAACACAUCUGUGGCAUUUGGUUUCAUUAACCUGAUCCUGUGGGCGGGAAACCUAUGGUUCGUCUUUAAAGAGACAGGUAUCAUCGCUCCCUUCAUGCGGGCUCCUCCUCCAGAAGGGAAACCUGCUGCACCAGAGGCCUACGCCCAGCAGGGGGCGUACGAACAAGACCCGUAUGCCAGCAACCAGGCGGGAUACCAACCCGACUACAGCCAGCAAGGAUACAAUCAGGAUGCAGAGUACGGUCAGGGAUACGGCCAGCAGGGGGCGCCUACCUCCUUCUCCAAUCAGAUGUGAACUUACAGGUAGCAGGAAACGUCGGAGUGAACCGAGAGUGGGUCGCCUGCAACCUACCCACAAUGCAACACUCCUUUCUGUCUGCAAAGUAAACGGGUGGGGUGGGGGGUGGAGUGAGGGAGGGGAAGGGGAUGGAGGUUGAAAGGGGGGGGGGGUGUUUAGAUGUUCACUAUAAUGAAUCGAUGUGUAAAUGAUUAAAAAGAGUCUUAUAACUAACAAAUCCACAACUUGAACAAAGAACUACAACAACAACAACAACAACAAACAACGCUGACGGAUAGAAACCUUCUGAAACAGUGACUAUGUUGAUAAGAGUUAAAUUCAUAUUAAUCUGUGGAGAGAAUGUAUGUUUGUGUUGUAUAGAUAUCACUUUGAACAGAUAUAUAAUAUAGACUGAAUUGUUUCUUCAUGUUUCCUAUUGAACCCCGCCCCGUCAUAUGCCCCGCCCCCAACAUCAACAAACCAGAUUCACAUCGGCCAGUCACAAAGCUGUUCAGACUGGGUUCACAAAGAUCCAAACCAGACAAACUAGAUUCGAACCAAAUGAGAAUCAGAUCAAACCGGAUCCAACCCUGCCUCCACCAACAUCACCUCCCAGCUGUUUGCUGUUUGUCUUGCUGCAUGUAAAUAUCAACACAGGAAGUGAUGUCAUCCUGGAGAUGCAGUUAACCCAGUCUGGACUCCAGCUUCAUGGCGACACCGGGUGGAAACUGGAUCCAAAAUGGCUCCUUGUCACUACGGUUUGCACUGUGUGUGUUUGAUUAAUGGGCUCAGCUGGAGCUUUGUUCUGUCUGUUACAUUCCUGCUGCUGCUCAGUGGAGAGGCCGUGACCUGCAGACACGUCCGUCUGAAAUAUGACCAUCACAAACCAAACCAACAUCAGAUCAGAUCAGAUCAUUCUACUUUCACAGAUCUAAAACAUCAGAGUUUUUCUUGUUGCCAGGCAACUGUGGUCGAGGGACGGUGACAUUGCUUUGCUGCAUCAAAACUGUUUCUGUGGUAUCUUGGUUUGGUAUCCAGUCAAAGUAUGAACCAAUGACUGUGUGUAAAGAUGGAUGGCAUUACAGCUCCCAAAAAUGAAGCCAAAACCCAUCGAUUGCCCCCCUGGUCGCUGGCUGCAGUACAGGUCGUAAAGCCUGUCUCCUCCAUUAACAUGGACGUCGUCCAUCUUUAUAAAAAGUCACUGGUAUGAACACAAAUGUAAAGCGUCCGCUUGUUCAGGUUGAGUCAGUCUUCCUCAGAAGCGCCAUGUGACAGUGACAGACGUCAGUUAAAAUCCACACGUUACAGAAAUCAAAUCAAUAAAAUGUGAAGUUCAUCAACGAACACGUUUUCCAAUACGAUCACUACAACGGGGGUUUCACAAACCAAACAUAAAUUCUGUUUAGUUACUUAUCAUUCUGUUUCACAGUCAGUUAAUGUGACAGUAAAUGCUGCAGUCACAUUACAGUUAGCUACUGUUAGCUAACAGCUAGCUGCAGCAGGACAGCAGUCAGUCUGAUUAAAUUUAUUACUAGAUAAAACCAGGUAGCUACUGUUAACUAACAGUUAGGCUACCACACACUGACUGACCCUAACGGUUCAGACGGACAUGUCUGUGCUCUUCUCGGCUCUCAGCCAAUCAGCAGCAGCCAUGAGCUGUUUUUGUAAAAAACUAUGCUUCUUCUUUGGUUGUUUUUUUGGAAAGUGAAGCUGUUUUUAGCGUCGGUAUCUUCCUCCGCAUGGUGACGUGUUUCCUGCUCGUGUUGUACAGUAAAUGAUGAUCGGUGUGAUUCUACUUCCUGUUCUCCUGUACAGGUGUGUGUGUGAGUGUGUAACCUGUCCAUACUUCUAUUAUAUCUCUCCAUCAUUCUCGAAUUUUUUACCUCUAUUCUUUCCUUCAACUCUUCAUCACUAUUUAUUUGUUUACUUUCUUUACUCUGUCAAUAUUUUCUUUUUUAUCCCUGGUCUCCCUUUCUCCUUUUCCUUCCUUUUAUCUCCUGUUCCUAACUUGUUCCCUCCUCUUCUCUUCCUCCUUAUCCUCCCUUCCCUCCUCUUCCUCUUCCUCUUAUUUUUAAUAUUUUCAUUUUUUUCUUGUCCCCCUCUCUCUCUUUCUUCCAGUCGCGUUCUUCUUCUUGUCGUUCUUCUUUGUGACUCUCCUCUUUGGCUCUGUGAUGUAACUUCCUGUGUGAUGAUAUUCUACUCAGCAUCAGUAACCAUGGCCAUGGUGUUGACAGUGUUGAUGAUGACGAUAUGUGUGUGUGACUUGUUGCUAUGGAGACGCCCCCAAACCCCACCCCAGCCCCUCCUCUCCCUCUUGUGUUUAUUCAGUGGAAAAUUUCAAUAAACGACAAACUCGUCUCUGA